AGCACUGUGACAGGGAGAGAGAGAGAGAGAGAGAGAGAGAGAGAGAGAGAGAGAGCCAAUGGAUGGAGGAGGAGCACAGUACAACCCGCGUACAGUGGAGGAGGUCUUUAGGGAUUUCAAGGGCCGCCGAGCUGGCAUGGUCAAGGCCCUCACUACUGAUGUUGAAGAAUUCUAUCAGCAGUGUGAUCCAGAGAAGGAGAAUCUAUGCUUGUAUGGCUUUCCUAGUGAGCAAUGGGAAGUCAAUUUACCUGCCGAAGAAGUGCCUCCAGAGCUCCCAGAGCCAGCACUGGGAAUUAACUUUGCGAGAGAUGGCAUGCAAGAAAAGGACUGGUUAUCUUUGGUUGCUGUGCACAGCGAUGCAUGGCUGCUUUCUGUUGCCUUCUAUUUUGGUGCCAGAUUUGGAUUUGAUAAGGCUGACAGGAAGCGACUCUUUAAUAUGAUAAAUGAUCUUCCAACAAUUUUUGAAGUUGUGACUGGAACUGCCAAGAAACAAGUAAAGGAGAAGUCAUCUGUAUCAAAUCAUGGUAGCAACAAAUCCAAGCCGAACUCUAAAUUGCAGCGGGCAUCAGAACCUCCGGGAAAAUAUUCGAAAGCUUCACAGGCAAAGGACGAAGAUGAGGUCAUGGAUGAGGAAGAUGAAGAUGAGCAUGGAGAGACCUUGUGUGGAGCCUGUGGAGAGAACUAUGCAUCAGACGAAUUUUGGAUUUGCUGUGACAUCUGCGAGAAGUGGUUCCAUGGCAAGUGUGUGAAGAUUACUCCUGCUAGGGCUGAGCAUAUUAAGCAGUAUAAGUGCCCAUCAUGCACCAACAAGAGAGCUCGCCCUUGACAUCUCCAAGGGAUGCGAUCUCUCUCUCCCUUUCUACUCAUCUCUUGGUGGACUCUGCUUACUGCUUUGUCUGGUCAAUCUGUCUCUUUGUUUUUAAAAUUUGAAAUUACUGCAACUUGUGAAUGUGUACUCUAGUUUACUAGAUCUCAAUUUUCGAUAUAAUGCUAUGUAGUUGUAGUUUCGGUGUUGGCC